GAUUACCAAUUUGUUCUGGCUUUGAGACUUGCAACUAAGGAGAUCAACAGGAACACCCAUUUGUUACCCAACAUCACUCUAAUAUUUUGGACUCUUUCUGACAAGAAUUUUGAUGCGAUUGUGUUGUCUGACACACUCAUUUCUCUUGGGAAAGAUGGCGAGGGUGUUCCUAAUUACACCUGCAUAACAAAGGCAUCGAUUAUAGCAGUACUUACAGGACCAUUAUGGUCAUCAUCUUCCAGACUGGGAUUAUACUUCACAGUUUUAAAAUACCCACAGAUUGCCUUUGGAUCUUUCUAUUCUAUCCUGAGUGAUGAUGAACAGUUUCCCUAUCUGUAUCAGAUGGAACCCAAAGACACGUAUCUGGCCUCUGCUAUGGUCUCCUUGAUGGCUCAUUUCAGCUGGAACUGGGUGGGACUGGUUGUCUCAGAUGAUGAACAAGGUGUUCAGUUUCUCUCAGACUUUAGGGGACAAAUGAAAGAAAACAGAGUCUGCUUAGCUUUUGUGAACAUGAUUCCUCUAAGAAUGCAGUUAUACAUGACAAGAGCUCACAUAUAUUAUGAACAAAUCAUGACAUCAUCAGCAAAUGUUGUGGUCAUUUAUGGUAAUGUGAACUCUACUCUAGCUGAAAGCUAUAGAUGGUGGAAAUAUUUAGGCAUAAGGAGAAUCUGGUUCAGCACCUCACAAUGGGAUAAUGUCAUCAAUCAGAGAGAUUUCAACAUUGACUCAUCCCUUGGGACAUUCACUUUUUCACAUCAUCAUGGUGAAAUUUCUGGGUUUAAAAAUUUUAUCCAGACGUUGAAACUUUCUGACCACUCUGAAAAAAUUACUCUGACUAGCCUGGGGUGGAUAGGUUUUAAUUGUUCAGUGGCAUCUAAUAACUUCAAGACACUGAAGGAUUGGUCAUCCAACACCUCAUUUGAAUCGUUAAUGUGGCACAAUUUUAACAUGGCCAUGAGUGAUGAAAGCUACAAUAUAUACAAUGCUGUGUAUGCUGUGGCCCACUCCCUCCAUGAGAUGCUCCUUUAUCAUGUAGAUAUGCAGCCAGUAGCUGGGGAAAAACUGAAAUUUCAACACUGGCAGCUGCACCCCUUCCUGAAGAAGAUCCAAUUUAUUAAUCCUGCUGGAGACACAGUGACUAUGAAUCAGAAAGAAAAACCUCAUGGACAGUAUGACAUUUUCAACAUUUUGUGUUUCUCUCAAGGUCUCAGAACUAAAGUAAAAAUAGGAGAAUUUUCCCCAUUUUUUCCACAUGGUCAACAAUUGUAUUUAUCAGAAGACAUGAUAGAGUGGGCCACAAGAAGCAGACAGCUCCCCUCCUCAGUAUGCAGUGUGUCUUGCAGUCCUGGAUCCAGGAAAUCCCCUCAGAAGGGAAAAGCAACCUGCUGUUUUGACUGCACUCCUUGCCCAGAGAAUGAGAUUUCCAACCAGACCGAUAUGGACCAGUGUGUACAAUGUCCAGAUGACCAGUAUGCCAACGUAAAGCAAAACCACUGCAUUCACAAAUCUGUGAUGUAUCUGGCUUAUGAAGACCCCCUGGGGAUGUCUCUGACCUGCAUGGCCUUGUUCUUAACUGCACUCGCAGUUGUUAUGCUUGGAGUUUUUGUGAAACACCGAGACACUCCCAUUGUGAAGGCCAAUAACAGGACUCUCAGCUACAUCCUGCUCCUCUCCCUCAUCUUCUGUUUUCUCUGCUCCUUGCUCUUCAUUGGCCAUCCCAACACAAUCACCUGCGUCCUGCAGCAGACCACGUUUGGGCUUGCAUUCACGGUGGCUGUUUCCACUGUCUUGGCAAAAACUCUUACUGUGGUUCUGGCCUUCAAGGUCACUGUUCCAGGAAGAAGGCUGAGGGGCUUGCUGGUAUCAGGGGCACCCAGCUACAUCAUUCCCAUCUGCACCCUGAUCCAGCUUAUUCUCUGUGGAGUCUGGAUGGGAACUUCUCCUCCUUUUAUUGUCAUUGAUCCACAAUCUGAGCUAGAACACAUCACCAUUGUGUGUAACAAAGGGUCAGUCACUGUCUUCUACUGUGUCCUGGGAUACCUGGGCUCUCUGGCCUUGGGAGCCUUCACUGUGGCUUUCAUGGCCAGAAACCUGCCUGACACAUUCAAUGAAGCCAAGUUCCUGACCUUCAGCAUGCUGGUGUUUUGCAGUGUCUGGGUCACUUUCCUCCCUGUCUACCACAGCACCAAGGGGAAGGCCAUGGUGGCCGUGGAGGUCUUCUCCAUCUUGGCCUCCAGUGCAGGCCUCCUUGGCUGCAUCUUUGCCCCCAAAUGUUUCAUCAUUUUAUUAAGAUCAGAUCAAAAUUCUCUUCAAAAUUUCAGGAUGAAGACACGUAGCACCAGUCUGAUUUCUUAA